AUGAAGACUUAUUUACUCCUCUUUCUCAUCUCCUCACUCCUCUUAUCAUUUUCUUCCGGCGAGCAAUGCGGUAAACAAGCCGGGGGAGCACUCUGCCCCAACGGUCUAUGCUGCAGCGAGUUUGGAUGGUGCGGUGACACUCCACCUUACUGUGGGCAAGGUUGCCAAAGCCAGUGCACUCCAACUCCCGCUCCUCCCACUCCCACUCCUCCUAGUCCCACCCCUCCUAGCUCCACUCCCCCUGGUCCCCACGGGGAUCUUUCGGACAUCAUUUCAAGAGAUCAGUUCUAUAAAAUGCUUUUGCACAUGAACGAUAUUGCUUGUCCUGCUAGAGGGUUCUUCACUUACGACGCCUUCAUCACCGCCGCUAAGUUUUUCCCUAGUUUCGGAAACACCGGAGACCAUGCCACAAGGAAGAAGGAGAUCGCAGCCUUUUUCGGCCAGACUUCCCACGAAACCACUGGUGGGUGGCCGAGUGCACCAGACGGAGCAAAUACAUGGGGAUACUGUUUCAAGGACGAAAUUUACAAAAGCAACCCCUACUGUGAUAGCAACAACUUCCAGUGGCCAUGCGCACCUGGCCACUUUUACUACGGAAGAGGACCGAUCAUGCUAUCUUGGAACUACAAUUAUGGACAGUGCGGGAGAGACCUUGGACUCGACUUACUACACAGGCCAGAUAUUGCAUCCAACGACCCAGUGAUCGCUUUCGAAACCGCAAUUUGGUUCUGGAUGACUCCUCAGGCUCCUAAACCAUCGUGCCACGACGUGAUCACCGACCAGUGGCAGCCGUCGGCCGCCGACAUUUCAGCGGGGCGAUUACCAGGUUAUGGAGUGAUUACGAAUAUCAUUAACGGUGGAUUAGAGUGUGCUGGUCGCAAUGUCGCACAGGUCCAAGAUCGGAUAUCGUUUUAUACAAGGUAUUGUGGCUUGUUCGGUGUUGAUCCUGGAAGUAAUGUUGACUGUGACAAUCAAAGGCCGUUUAGUGAAGGUAGUAAGGUUUUCUUGGAUGCUGCUAUUUAAUGAGUGUUAAUGCAGCUUUCUUGUAUCCAAGCAAUAAGAGAAGAUCAAAUUUAAUAAAACUCCUUUUU